AUGGACACAGCUGUCAAGUUUCUGAUGCACAUUUUUUUCAGUUUUGUCGCUCUUUAUCCAGCUUUACUUUUUUGGUUUGUUUUUUAUAAUAAUAAUAAUAAUAAUAAUAAUAAUAAUAAUAUAUUCUUCUUCUUCUUCUUCUUCUUCUUUUUUCCCCACUACUCCUUCUUCUUCAUCUUCUUCUCUCCUCCUCCUCCUUCAUCUUCUUCUCUCCUCCUCCUCCUUCUUCUCCCCAUCCCUGUUCCUCCUCCUCCUCCUUAUUCUCCACUUUUCUUUCUCCUUUUCCUCCUCGUACCUUAUCUUGGUCUCCCGUCUCACUUCUUCUUUUUCUUCUUCCGUCUCCUUUCUUCCUCCUCCUCCUUCUUCUUCAUCUUCUUCUCUCCUCCUCCUCCUUUCCCCAUCCCUGUUCCUACUCCUCCUUCUUAUUCUCCACUUUUCUUUCUCUUUUUCCUCCUCCUACUUUGUCUUGGUCUCCCGUCUCCCUUCUUCUUUUUCUUCUUCCGUCUCCUCUGA